AUAAUUUUCGAAAUUUUUCCUGAAUUAGAAGUCAGCUUACAACGAAAGGAACAAGAAAAGAAUCAUGCGCACAGAUGUGAUAUCCGAUAUUUCAGCGGCUAGUGACCAUUCCAACGACGAAUUAAUCACUACGAAUUAUCAUUGGUUACGCUUCAAAUGGAUGUUAUUCCGGAAUUGUUGCAAGCAUUGGAAUAAUCUACGUGAGUUUCUCUUUGUCAUGCUUAUGCCCAGCAUCUGCUGCCUCGUCGUCGUCAUACUGCGCUAUCAGACUUCAGUUGAACACAUUACAGCGACAACGUUUUCAUUGACGGAUAUUAUAAAAUCAUGGGAGGCGUUACUAGCCAUGAUACUAGUGAGGCAAAGUAUACUCGAAGAAUAUUUUGGCACGCCAACAUAUAGUUCAUAUGCACCACGGCUUUUUCUAGCGUAUGCACCAGACUUCGAAGCUGCCAAUACUAUAAUGGAGCAUGUGUCUGGAAGUUCACUUUCGAUACCCACCGUCAGUUUUUCAACUUGCGAUGAGCUACGCGAGAAGAUGUCAACCGAAUACUACUUAGUCGGAAUUUGCUUCAACUAUGUGGAUUUUACAACUGAUCCUGAAUCCAUACCCAAAACCGGCACAUAUCCAAAUAGAUUGGAGUAUAAUAUUAUAUUGCCAAGCGAGUUGCGCAGAUACAGAAAAGGCAUAGGUGACACUUGGGAUACAACUAAACUAUACGGAAAAUUAGGACCGCGUGAGCGCAGUAAAGGAUUUGACGCUUAUAUAAAAGAAGGAUUCGUUAUAAUUCAGAAAAUGAUCUCAGAAACAUACAUAAUGUUACUCUCUAAUGUCACGCAGCGACUAGAUGGGGUUAUUUAUAUACGAAGAUUUCCCUUGGCAGAACAUUAUUAUGAUCCACUUUCGCAAUUGUUGGAAAAACGCUUAUCAUUGGUAUUGAUAGGAGCGUAUAUACCGUCAAUAUUGUAUUUAUUAAGGGUUUUGGUCCUUGAAAGACAGAGUGAAUUGGAUGGUAUGCUGUCAAUUUUAGAUGUGACACCCUUUAUACAGUUUUACAGCUGGUUCAUUUUUACACUGGCCUCAAUGUCUAUCGGUUCUAUAAUUUUGUUAUUUAUUUUAAAGAUUCCUUGGAAUAGUGGCUUUGGUGUCUUCAAUAGAUCUUCAUUUACCUGCUUGUUCGUUGUAUUCACCGCCUUCAACAUAAAUGCACUCAGUUUCUGUUACAUGAUGUCAAAAUUCUUUCGUAGUUCUAAAGUGGCUGUUAGGGCAGCGCCUAUUUUCUGGAUCCUUUUCUAUUUACCUUUUGCUGCUGGAGUUGAAGACGAACUUGCUCAUACAUUUAUUUCAUUAUUGGGAAAUUCCGCAUUUGGAUUCGCGUUAGAAAAUACCUUUAAUCUUGAAUACUACAACGGUCUGAAUUGGUCAAGUUUCUUCAAAAGUGAUGACUUGCCCAACAACUACUUCAGCGUUGGAGUGCACACAUUGUUAAUGUGUGGUGUAAGCGUCGUUCAAGCAAUAAUCGGCAUAUGUGUACAAAGGUUUACAACUUUUUUUCUCGAAGUCAUGAAAUUAUUAAGACGAGAAGAACUUACGACUCGCGCUAAUCCGGAAAAUACGCGCUAUUCGAAAACCAUUAUAUAUGAGGUCAGGGCAUCUUACAAAUCGGCAGAAGUAGAAGUAAUUUCGCUCACCGUGGAGCGUGGUAAUACAAUUAUUCUGAAUGAUGUGUCAUUCAGUUUGUAUGGUGAUGAAAUAACUAUGCUGAUGGGCCAUAAUGGUAGUGGCAAAACGACGCUAUUACGUGUCAUUGCUGGCCUGAGACGGCCCACAUCGGGUAAAGUUGUUUUCAAGGAAAACAAUGAAAUAAAAGAUUACGGGAGCCCACGCGAUUUUGUGGGAGUCAGUUUAACUGAUUCGCUGCUUUUUGAUGAUCUGAACGUUGAGAAUCAAUUAAUGUUCUUCGGCAGGUUAAAGGGAGUAAGUUCUACUGAAGUUAAAAGAGAAGUUAAAAAAUAUUUAGAUGCACUCGAACUGGACGGUGAACAGUAUACACGCACAGAUAAACUAACAUGUGGCCAAAGGACUAAAUUGGCAGUUAGUUGUGCGCUUAUUGGCGGUAGUAAAGUUGUGUUACUGGACGAUAUUGCCUUGAAAUUAGAUGUGCGCGACUAUCAGCUAAUUUGGAGAUUAUUGCAAAGGGAGAAGUUCGGGCGUUGCAUAUUGGCAUCGACAAACCUAAGUAUUGAACCAGAAUUACACGCAGACAAUAUAGUUAUGCUGGCACAGGGACGAUUGAAAUGCAGCGGAACUGCUCAGUUUCUAAAGUCUAUGUACUGUUCUGGAUUUUACUUGCUUAUCUCCAAAGCUGAUGAAUGUAAAUCGGAUGAAGUAACCACACUGCUGAGCAAAUUUAUACCGGACAUUGCACCCGCAUGCGAUCUGGUACGAGAGUUAACAUACCACAUCGAAACCACUAACAUUGAGUUGUGCGAGUCGAUUUUUCAAGAAUUGGAAACAGCUAAGGAAGUGUUGGGCAUCAUAAAUAUAUCACUAAUUGAGAUGCCAGUGGAAGAACUUUUUUGUAAGUUGGGCGCCGAACGACCUGCCUACGAUGAUCGCAGACGCUAUUUGAGAAUUUUAAAUGGUCGAAGUAUUGCCUUUGCUGCCGAAAUGAAUGAUGAUUUAUUGUUUUUGAGCACUCCAUUACAACAUAAAAUGAACAGUUUUCAAAGAUUGUGCAAUCAAUGGUAUGCAAUGUUCUACAAGUUUAUCGUUUUCUAUUGGGCUCACAAAAGAUACAUCCCAAUACUUAUAUUUACACCAUUACUUUGUAUAUUGUUUUGUGUGGCGGCAAUGUCGCCAAAUACGAGGCCGCUACCAAAACUGAAGUUGAAAAUCCAAGAUUACAAAAAUUCAGAGACUGUGCUUAGUAUUCGCUCACCGAGGGAGGAAGAACAUGAACAUUUAAGAAAAUUGUUAGAAAUAUAUUUUCAGUUCAUAUAUGGGAAGAAUAGUUAUAUAAAAACGAUAAACAUCCAUGGCCAAGCAAUAGGUGAUUACAUUUUGGAUCAACAACGACAAUACCAAUUUAAUAACUUGAACAUUAAAAUAAUACUUGGAUUAUCAUAUCAAAAUCAUUUUACGGCAUGGUAUAAUGGAUAUCUGCCACACAUGGCCCCGCUCACUUUAAAUAUUCUGCACAAUUCACUUCUAAGAUUCGCUACUGGAACAACUGAACCUAGAAUAGAUGUGACUCUUGAGCUGCUACCUAAACAAAGUGACAUUGCUACCAGUGAACUAUAUAAUACAGAACUCAAUAUGGGCAGCAAAUUGGUUAUUUUUUUGUCGGUUGUCAUAUGCUAUUCAAUAUCCAGAAGUGUUCUUGUUUUGGUCUCCGAACGUUCAACGGGGUUCGAGAGCCUACAGCGUCUAGCUGGUUUGGGUGGCUUCAAUUAUUGGAUAUCUAUAUUUCUAUUUGAUAUGAUGAAAGAUUUCUUGGUAAUGUCAACUUUUAUCGUAGCCGCCUGGGCGCUUUUUCCGGAAAACUAUGCAGCGCCGAUUGUUUUGCGCUGGGGCUUUGCGCUGCUCCUACUGGUAAGCGCUGCCAUAACGUCGACCAACUAUUUUCUCUGCCUAUUUUUUAAAAGCAAUCACCAAGCCUAUUUAACAAUUACCACAAUACAUGCCCUCGGUGUAGCCUUCUAUAUCAUGGUUUCUAGAGGACUGAAAAGUUCCUCCUCAAAUUGGGUAUUGCUACUCCGAAUAUUUCCAUUGUACUCAUUUUGCAAUGGAUUUCAUAAUGUAUAUGAAAAUAAUGUAAGAACACAAAUAUGCAAAAAUGAAGGCAUUAGAGCAGUAUCUAUCGCCAUGGAGACUUGCAAAAUGGCCCCGAAUUGUUGUGAACAUCAUUAUCUUGAAGUAGAAGGAGAUGCCAAAUACCUUUGGAUAAAUAUCGGCCUCAGUUGGUUUGGAAUAUUGGUUUAUGAAUGUAGGCACUUUUUCAUGAAGACAAUACCAUUGGACAAUUACAACCGAGCUUUGGACGAGCAUAAACGCCGACAUGCUAGUGAUUCUUAUGAAGUGGAUAGUGUCACUGGGGAAGCCAUGUACGUACAGUCGUUGAGGCCACGAAUGCGCCAUUACUAUACAGUUAUUUGCGAGAAAUUGGGGUUAAUUCGAAAAGGAAAUAUUUUAGUCGAUAGACUAACAUUUGCCUUGAAACCCGGGGAAAUAUUUGGCAUUAUAGGCACAAACUGCAAAUGUACGAAUGCACUUUUAAAUCUCAUUGCUGGUCAGGAAGGUCCGACCUUUGGACGCUUUCACGUCAAUACCGUAUCAAUGACUGACGAACGCUCUAAGGCACUUGAACACAUUGGAUAUGUGCCAACCGUUAACUGCGUUAUGCCAGAGAUGACCUGCCAUCAAAUUUUGAGAAUGUUUUGCAUAUUGUAUGGAUAUCCAUAUAGUAAAAUCAAUGAUGUCUGUGAGGACUUGGCAAAGCAGUUCGGAUUCCAUUCACAGUACAAUAUUCGUAUAGAACAUUGUAGUGCGGGUAUAAAGGAAAAAAUAUCCUAUUCAAUAGCGAUUUUGAAAAAACCGACGCUACUGUGUGUCGGAAAUUAUAGCUGGAGUCUGGAUCCACACGGUAGACGACAACUUUAUCGAUUAUUGCAUGCGCUUUCCAAACAGGGCACAGCUGUUGCGAUUACGUCUGUUACAAAUUGCUAUACCGAAAUUCUGUGCACAAAAAUUGCGGUCAUGCAUGAUGGCCAAUUUUUAUUUAUCGGUCCACCGAGCGAUAUAGCGUCUAAAUUAGCCGCUGGUUAUUUCAUUUCGAUGCGCAUGCGAAAGCACGUACAAACACGGCUUGGCGUGACAUCUAAAGCAUUUUUCCGAUUAACUACUUUUAUGGAGAAAAAUUUUCCCAGUUCGAAAUUGGUUCAAGAGAGCACGAUAAUGCAAUUCUUUAUACCACAAAAGAGCACCACAUUGCCAGUUCUUUUCAAAACUUUGCACUUGAAUUCCUUCCAGUUGAACAUUGAAAGCCUUUUGAUAACAACUAUAAAUAUGAAUUACAUAGUCGGGCUGAUAAUAGAGGAAGCGAUGAGAGCUAAAUAAUAUUUGCUUAUAGCUUGUGAAGGGUGGUUCAUAUAGUAGUUUAGUUUAAAAAUUAAAAAAAAAAUGUUUAAAUCAAAUGUUUCUCGGUAUACUAUCCGAAAGAUUAUUUGUGAAAUAACAUCAUCAAGACGCGUAACACAAGUAGCAGGAGAAGCUCACUGACUAAAAGUCUGAUAAUUUAUGGAACACGAUUGCAAUCAUACGGUCGCCGCGGUCGGCUUUCCAGUAACGCAUCCCGUUAAGCCAGUUUUCCAGGGCUUUGGUGAUGAUUUCGGGUACUAUCUCACGAAUGGCUCUCUCGAUAUUCGUCUUAAAAGUCAGAAUCGUGUAUGGAUUGUUCGCUUAAUAUCAGCCCCACAAAAAAAGACUCAUUACAUCAAAUCGCAGCUUCGAGUUGGCUGAUUGACAUCACCCGAGACGGCUGAUAACAUGAUUACCGAACUUGGUGCGCAAAAGUUCGAUUGUGAUAUAGACUGCGUUCCCAUCGACAGUCAGUUCUACGUAACCGGAACGAACGGAUUUAUAUACAGCCACUCCAGUAGCAUUCUGCUUAUAUUUUUGACGAAUGCAAAACAAAACACAACAACAACAUCGACAACGUAGGCUGUGUGGCAUGACGCGCCAUGCUACUGAAAUCAAAGAUCGGCCGAGUCCGCCUCCUCAAUUUUCGGCCUUAAUUUCAACAUUUGUCAUGUCUUUGUCAUGAAGCUUCUCUCACUAUUAAAAUAACAGAUGAUUUGAAAAGAAUAAGAAAACACUAUAUGGACCGCCCCGUGUGGAUAUUUGUAUCAACACUUGAUAUUUCAUCAAUUUACGUUACAUUAAUA